AUAUGCUGUCGUCUAUGGGCAAACAGAGUGAUAUAUUCCCCAAUAGUUGACGAUUCCAUCUCCAGCUGGGCUAUAACGCCUUCCAACUUGGAUUUCUCCUCAUCACUCGCAGAGAGCCGGUCAACAAUUUGUUUGAAUCUCUCCUCCAACUGAACAUAAUCAGCUUUCGAUUGAGUUAGAUCACUUCGAAGUUGAUGCAAGAGUUCUUCGGACUUAACAAGACUGAAUUCUGUUUGACAGACCGCAGAUACUUCCACAUCCUUAAAUUGAACAUUUGCUAUAGCUUCGGAAUCCCGUUUGUUUUGAGAUUGAGCGGAUUUCUCCAAGGUGGCUAUGAUAUGCUCCUGUCGUUCAAUAUUGCAGCGAAGUUUUGUUACCUCCAGUUCAAGUUGCUUAACACGUUCAGACUCUUGUUCGUGGCCGGAUGAUUGCUGAAGGUUUUGUACCUGUGAUUCAAGCUCGGAUAUUUUCGAUUUAGCUUCUUCAAGCUGA